AUGAGAUAUGUGAACCACUUAAAUGAUGUCCGGCAUGAAAAACAUAAUAACACACAUAUAAAUGGAAACAAUCAUAAAGAAGGCGAUGAAACCACUAAAGAGCUAGAUAUUUUCUCCACAAAAAUAAAACACUUGAGUUUAGGUUUUGAAAACUCGAAAGUUUCCAAGAGAUAUAAGGACACAGAUAACUCCCAGAAACGUUUACGUAUUUAUGGCAGAAAUGGUCAUAAUGUGGAGAUUUCAAAAGAGCCACUUCAUUCUACUAAAUUCACAAAGACAACUAAUGCUGUGUACAUCAGAGAAGUCAAUUGUCAAAGCGCUAGCAACGUAAUGACUCCUGCUGGAUGCGAUCCUCUGUCUUUCAACGAAGAUACUGAUGUUACUGAAGAUAUCUGCAACGAGAAGUCCAAGGAACACGAAACCUCUGAUCCUCUUUUUAAUUUCUCUGAGUUGCAUGAGAAGAAGUAUAGUUCGGAAGAAAAAUUUGAUCUCCAUUUUGAGAUUGAAGAUUUAAAUAUGAAACAAGAUCCACUUAAUUUUGAGGAAUCUACAAGAGGAGAUGAUGUUGUUUCUACAGACGGCUUAAAUUCUUCACCUUUGUCACAUGCUUCGCUUGAUUCUACCAACGCGGCAAGAAUAACAAAUGUUAUACCCAUCAAUGCAGUUAAUAAUGUCAGUGAUGACGUAGCAAUUACUCUGGUUCAUAAUCCUCCAUCUCACAACAAAAAUUUUCUUCCAGCUAAAAAUAUUAAAAAAAUAAAAUAUCCUACAAAGAAAUCAUACACUUGCACUGUGUGUUUCAAAUCCUACCCCACUCAGAUAAAAUACAAUCAACAUAUCCGUUACCACCAAGAAAAAAAAUUCUUCUGCACACUGUGCGAAAAAGCAUUUUUUACACCAUAUGCUCGCUCGCUACAUGUUUCUCAACGUCAUGAGAAUAAACGAAAUUUUGCAUGUAACUUAUGCAGCUAUAAGGGAAAUUCUGACUACUACCUCCAAAAACAUUUUGCUAACAUGCAUAACAAAGACGUACUUCCCAAAUGUAACACAUGUGGUAAAGGAUUUGCUUCAAAAUCAGCUGUUAUUAGACAUCAACUUGCUCGACACGAUGGCGUCUACUUCAUCUGUCAAAUCUGCAAGAAAAUGUAUAAAGCCGAAACUGACUUAAAACUACACUUGAGAACACAUUCUGCUGACUGCGAACAAUUUUUAUGCAACCUUUGUUCUAAGGUGUUUUAUGAUAAAAGGAAGUUCAAAACGCACGUAAAACGCCACGUUGAACCAAAGAAAUCACAGGUUUGUGAUGUUUGUGGUAAGAUGUGCAAGAAUUUGAACCAACAUAGAAAGAAGCAUGAUGGGGAGAAGAGCAGUGUUUGUUAUUUCUGUGGAAAAAGGUUUUAUAAUACACACAAUUUAAAGAUUCACUUGAGAAUUCAUACUGGAGAAAAACCAUACAAGUGUGAUGUGUGUGAGAAGGUAUUUUCGCAAAAAAGUAGCCUAACUGUACACAGGAGGAUGCAUACUGGAGAAAGACCAUAUAAAUGUGGGAGAUGUGGCAAGGGAUUUGCCUCCAAAGGUGCCUUGACACAUCAUUUGUGUCGUGGUCGUACAGAUUUAGUCUAG